AAGUCACUCUCCUCUCACACCACACUCUAUACUCACAAGUCACAAGCCAAGCAGUAAGCCCACACGAAAGAUAUAGGCAGCGGCAGCAGCUUAUACACAUUAGUUGUCGGUUGGUUGGUUAGUCGGCUGCGCAUAGCAGAGACACUCCUAUAAAAGUGUGUACUAUUCCAAGUGUAGGACUCUAUCGAUCUACUCCGGAGAAGAGCAGAGCUGAGCUGUGUAUUAAUUUUCUGUUUGGUGGAAGAUCCGGCUUUCCACUGCCGAAUGCGAGCUAUAGUUUUUAAUCGUGGUUAUUUGUGUUAUUUAUCGAACAUUCUAUUCGUUACAUUGUUACGUGAUUAUUCGAAAAACGCACAUUCUAUCGUCUGUUAAGUUUCAGUAUUUUUAUGCAACCAAGUGCCGAAGUAUUAAUUGUUUAUUUUUUUCCUUCUGUGCAUCUUGUUUAGAUUUUAUUUGCUUUUCUGUUACAAUAAAACGAAUCUUACAAUAGAAAUUAAACUCAUCAACAAACAAAACAUCCUUAAGAAACACACCAACACAAACACAGCGAAGAGCAAACAUACCUACAAGAACCGUACGUUGUCGUCGUCGGCUCUUGGAAAACCUUCCAUCCCGUCGUCAGUGUGAUUGUUAUACAUUUGUGUUUUUUUUUUUUACAUUUCGAAAGAAGACGGCGAAGAGAAGAAGAAGAAGAAGAAGAAACGGCACAACGAACAACGAGCGAGAGUAGAAGAAGUAAGAAGCGGAGCUCUGGUGGAAUAACAAAAACCAAGUGCGCGAGAAACCCCGAUAAAGAAAGAGAGAAGAAAGAAGAGGUACCUUGCCCUGUCUGUCUGUCUGUCUGUUUGGAGCAGUCAGGAAGAAGCGAGCAAACAGCCAAAAGAAAUCAUCCUACAGUGACUUGUUUCUUAAGUUUAAAACUCCUCCGGAGAGCCCACCGCUUCCCGAAUUGCAAAGUGAGUGAGAAGAAUCGUAGAAACACAGCAGCACAACAGCGUCAGAGCAAGCCCAUCUUGUCGAAUUUUAAGUUUUUGUUGUUGUUGUUGUUGUUUUCGUUUUACUCGGUCAAGUCAAGGGGUAUCGCGUAAGAAGAAACCCUCGGCUGUCCCAAGCAACACCUAACGCCAUUAAAAGUCACCGCCAACACACAACAGAUCAGAAAAGAUGGCAGAUGAUUUGCGGGAUCGCAACGACCCGGAGCUGAAGUAUCUCUCCGUCGAGCGAAAUUCCUUCAACGAUCCGGCUACACAGGCCGAGUGGACACAGAAGAGGCUCGUCUGGGUGCCGCAUGAGACACAGGGAUUCGUCGCGGCCAGCAUCAAAGGCGAACGUGGCGAUGAAGUCGAGGUGGAGCUGGCCGAAACCGGCAAGCGCGUCCUUGUGCUCAAGGACGACAUCCAGAAGAUGAACCCGCCCAAAUUCGACAAGGUCGAGGAUAUGGCCGAGCUCACCUGUCUGAACGAGGCGUCCGUGCUGCACAACAUCAAGGAUCGAUACUACUCCGGUCUGAUUUAUACAUACUCCGGCCUGUUCUGCGUGGUGGUCAACCCGUACAAAAAGCUGCCCAUCUACACCGAGAAGAUCAUGGAAAAGUAUAAAGGCAUCAAGCGGCACGAGGUACCGCCACAUGUAUUCGCCAUCACAGACACCGCAUACAGAUCUAUGCUGCAAGAUCGAGAAGAUCAGUCCAUCCUGUGUACCGGAGAGUCGGGUGCUGGUAAGACCGAGAACACAAAGAAAGUGAUACAGUAUUUAGCGUACGUGGCAGCAUCCAAGCCGAAGGGAUCCGUCGCGCCGUCACCAGCACUUAUUAUUGGUGGUCACUCAUCAAGCCUAUCGGGAGAACUGGAACAGCAACUCCUGCAAGCCAACCCCAUUCUGGAAGCCUUCGGUAAUGCCAAAACCGUGAAGAACGACAACUCGUCCCGAUUCGGUAAAUUCAUCCGGAUAAACUUCGACGCCUCGGGGUACAUCUCCGGUGCCAAUAUCGAGACCUACCUGCUCGAAAAGUCCCGUGCCAUUCGCCAAGCGAAAGAUGAACGUACAUUCCACAUUUUCUACCAGCUGCUGGCCGGGGCGUCGCCCGAGCAGCGCGAAAAGUUCAUCCUGGAUGACAUCAAAACCUACCCGUUCCUGUCGAAUGGGAGCCUUCCGGUGCCCGGUGUCGACGACCACAUAGAGUACCAGGCCACAGUCAAGAGCAUGAACAUCAUGGGCAUGACCGAGGAUGACUUCAACUCAAUCUUCCGCAUCGUCAGCGCAGUGCUGCUGUUCGGUUCGAUGAAGUUCAAGCAGGAGCGCAGUUCCGAUCAGGCCACCCUGCCGGACAAUACGGUCGCACAAAAGAUCGCCCACCUGCUGGGGCUGAGCGUGACGGAUAUGACCAAGGCCUUCCUGACGCCCCGGAUCAAGGUGGGCAGGGACUUUGUCACCAAGGCACAAACCAAGGAACAGGUCGAAUUCGCGGUGGAAGCCAUAGCGAAGGCAUGCUACGAGAAGAUGUUCAAGUGGCUGGUGAAUCGCAUCAACCGAUCCCUGGAUCGAACGAAACGUCAGGGCGCUUCGUUUAUCGGUAUUCUCGAUAUGGCCGGUUUCGAAAUCUUCGAUCUGAACUCGUUCGAGCAGUUGUGCAUCAACUACACGAACGAGAAACUGCAGCAGCUGUUCAACCACACGAUGUUCAUUCUGGAACAGGAAGAAUAUCAACGGGAAGGAAUCGAGUGGAAGUUUAUCGAUUUCGGACUGGAUCUUCAGCCAACGAUCGAUUUGAUCGACAAACCUGGUGGCAUCAUGGCCCUGCUGGACGAAGAAUGCUGGUUCCCCAAGGCAACGGAUAAGACGUUCGUGGAGAAACUGGCCACCGCCCAUACCAUGCAUCCUAAGUUUAUGAAGACCGACUUCCGAGGAGUGGCCGAUUUUGCCGUCGUGCAUUACGCCGGAAAGGUCGAUUAUUCAGCUACCAAGUGGUUGAUGAAGAACAUGGAUCCACUGAACGAGAACAUCGUUUCGCUUCUGCAAGGUUCACAGGAUCCGUUCGUUUGCCAGAUCUGGAAGGAUGCCGAAAUCGUUGGAAUGGCCCAGCAGGCUCUCACGGACACCCAAUUCGGAGCCCGCACUCGCAAGGGUAUGUUCCGGACGGUUUCCCAUUUGUACAAGGAACAGCUGGCCAAGCUAAUGGACACCCUUCGCAACACCAACCCGAACUUUGUCCGUUGUAUCAUUCCGAAUCACGAGAAGCGUGCUGGCAAGAUCGAUGCUCCGCUGGUUCUGGAUCAGCUGCGCUGCAAUGGUGUCCUCGAGGGUAUCCGUAUUUGCCGCCAAGGUUUCCCGAAUCGUAUUCCGUUCCAGGAGUUCCGACAGCGAUACGAACUACUCACUCCGAACGUCAUCCCGAAAGGUUUCAUGGACGGUAAGAGGGCAUGCGAGCAGAUGAUCAAGGCCCUCGAGCUGGACAACAAUUUGUACAGGAUCGGUCAGUCGAAGAUUUUCUUCCGAGCGGGAGUGUUGGCGCAUCUUGAAGAGGAACGUGAUUACAAGAUCACGGACUUGAUUGUCAACUUCCAGGCGUACUGCAGAGGUUUCCUAGCUCGUCGCAACUAUCAGAAGCGACUGCAGCAGCUGAAUGCCAUCCGGAUUAUUCAGCGAAACUGUGCGGCUUACCUAAAGCUACGCAACUGGCAGUGGUGGAGAUUGUACACCAAGGUGAAACCACUGCUGGAAGUUACCAAGCAGGAGGAAAAGCUGGUCCAGAAGGAAGACGAGCUAAGGCAGAUUCGAGACAAGCUGGAUAACUUGUCCAGGAGUUCACAGGAAUAUGAAAAGAAGUUCCAGACAGCGAUAGAAGAAAAGACGCAUCUAGCGGAACAACUGCAAGCGGAGAUUGAAUUGUGCGCUGAAGCGGAAGAAGGUCGCGCUAGGUUAGCUGCUCGCAAGCAGGAAUUGGAAGAGCUGAUGCAAGAUUUGGAAGCUCGUAUUGAAGAGGAAGAGGAACGUGUCAAUGCCUUAUCGAGUGAGAAGAAGAAGCUUCAGAUCAACAUCCAGGAUCUAGAAGAGCAGUUGGAGGAGGAAGAAGCUGCCCGGCAGAAGUUGCAGCUGGAGAAGGUGCAGUUGGAUGGCAAGCUAAAAAAGAUGGAGGAAGAUGUAGCCUUAACGGAAGAUCAAAACCAUAAACUUUCGAAGGAGAAGAAGAUUCUGGAGGAACGUGCCAACGAUUUGUCUCAGACUCUCGCCGAAGAGGAAGAGAAAGCCAAACAUUUGGCCAAGCUGAAAGCGAAGCAUGAAUCGACAAUCGCCGAAUUGGAGGAACGUUUGCUCAAAGAUCAUCAGCAACGUCAGGAAGCGGAUCGUUCCAAGCGGAAGAUUGAGACCGAAGUGGCUGACCUCAAGGAACAAAUCAACGAGCGUCGCGUGCAGAUUGAGGAAAUGCAACAGCAGUUGAUCAAGCGCGAGGAAGAACUGGCCCAGACGCUGGUGAGGAUCGACGAAGAAUCGGCUGCGAAGGCAAGUGCCCAGAAGGCCCAGCGCGAGCUGGAGUCGCAGCUGGCGGAAAUCCAAGAGGAUUUGGAAGCGGAGAAGCUGGCUCGUUCGAAGGCCGAGAAGCAGAAGCGUGACUUGAACGAAGAGCUGGAGGCGCUGAAGAACGAGCUGCUGGACUCGCUGGAUACCACUGCAGCUCAGCAAGAACUGCGCUCCAAGCGCGAACAGGAAGUGGCCACUCUGAAGAAGACCCUAGAAGACGAAUCAGGCAACCACGAGAGUCAAGUAUCCGAUAUGCGCCAUAAGCACGCUCAGGAGAUUUCCUCCAUCAACGAGCAGCUGGAGAGUAUCAAGAAGAUCAAGGGUGGACUGGAGAAGGCCAAGCAAACGCUGGAAGCCGAGAACGCCGAUCUGGCUACCGAGUUGAGGAACGUGAACCAAUCCCGACAGGAGAAUGACCGUCGCCGGAAGCAAGCCGAGACGCUAAUUGCCGAGUUGCAGGUUAAACUGGCAGAAGUGGAGCGCACGCGGGUGGAACUGCAGGACAAGGUGACCAAGCUGCAGCAAGAGACGGAGAACAUUACCCAGCAGCUGGACGAGGCCGAACUCAAGGCCUCGGCAGCGAUUAAGAGUGCCAGCAACAUGGAGAGUCAGUUGACGGAAGCGCAGCAACUGCUGGAGGAGGAAACUCGCCAGAAGUUGGCACUGAGCUCGAAGUUACGGCAGAUUGAAAGCGAAAAGGAAGCCCUCCAGGAGCAGCUCGAGGAGGAUGAGGAAGCAAAGAAGAACUAUGAGAAGAAGUUGGCCGAACUGAACUUCACCAUUCAGGACAUGAAGAAGCGAUCGGAGGAAGAUUCCGACCUUGCCAAGGAGCUCGAGGAGUCCAAGAAGAAGAUGAACAAGGACAUCGAAACGCUGCAACGGCAGAUUCAGGAACUGCAGGCAGCCAACGAUCGGUUGGACAAGAGCAAGAAGAAGAUUCAAUCGGAGCUGGAGGAUGCCACCAUCGAGCUGGAGACCCAACGCACCAAGGUUCUGGACCUGGAAAAGAGACAGAAGAACUUCGACAAGGUCCUUGCCGAAGAGAAGGCCGUCAGCGAGCAGCAUGCCCAGGAGCGAGACGCCGCUGAACGGGAAGCUCGCGAGAAGGAGACCAAGGUGUUGUCGUUGACGAGAGAACUGGAUGAAGCGUACGAGAAGAUCGACGAUCUGGAAACCAAACGGAAGGCACUGCAGAACGAGCUAGAUGAGUUGGCUAAUACACAGGGAACAGCUGACAAGAACGUGCAUGAACUGGAGAAGGCCAAGCGAGCGCUUGAAAGUCAACUGGCCGAGCUGAAGGCACAGAACGAAGAACUAGAAGAUGACCUGCAGCUUACCGAGGAUGCCAAACUGCGACUGGAAGUCAACAUGCAAGCCCUACGAGCACAAUUCGAGCGGGACAUCCAGGCCAAGGAAGAACAAUCGGAAGAGAAACGUCGUGGUCUGGUGAAGGCACUUCGCGAUCUGGAAGCCGAGCUGGACGAGGAACGUAAACAGCGAGCCGCUGCCGUGGCUGCCAAGAAGAAACUCGAAGGUGACUUAAAGGACAUUGAAGCCACCCUGGAGAUGAACAAUAAGAUCAAGGAAGACGCUCUCAAGCAGGCCAAGAAGCUACAAGCUCAGGUCAAGGAUGCCAUCCGGGACGCCGAAGAAGCUAAGGCUGCUAAGGAGGAAUUAGCGGCCGUUAGUAAGGAAGCCGAGCGCAAGGUGAAAGCUUUGGAAGCGGAAGUCAUGCAACUGUCCGAGGACUUCUCCAGUUCGGAACGAGCAAGAAGGGCAGCCGAAGCUGAACGGGACGAACUGCUGGAAGAAAUCAACUCCAACUCGAACAAGGGCUCCUUGAUGAUCGACGAGAAGCGACGGUUAGAGGCACGAAUCGCCACCCUCGAGGAAGAACUGGAAGAGGAACAAUCCAACGCCGAAUUGUUGGUCGAUCGCAACCGCAAGGCACAACUCACCAUCGAACAGCUCACCACCGAACUGCAGGCCGAGAAAUCAAACUCGCAAAAGUACGAAAACGUCAAGACCGGUCUGGAACGGCAAAACAAGGAACUGAAGGCCAAACUGUCCGAGCUGGAAACCGCCCAACGCACCAAGGUGAAAGCUGCCAUGGCCAGUAUGGAGGCCAAGAUUGCCAACCUCGAGGAGCAGUUGGAGAACGAAACCAAGGAACGACUCACCGGUCAGAAGUCGAACCGCAAGCUUGAGAAGAAGAUCAAGGAACUGACGAUGAAUAUCGAAGACGAGCGACGACACGCCGACCAGUACAAGGAGCAGAUCGAGAAGAUGAACAACCGCAUGAAGAUCCUGAAGCGAAAUCUCGACGAAGCGGAGGAGGAAAUCCAGAAGGAGAAGACUCAGAAGCGCAAGGCCCAGCGAGAGUACGAGGAUAUGCUGGAGAGUCAUGAAGCGCUCACACGGGAGGUCAACUCACUCAAAACGAAGCUGAGACGCGGCGGCCUCGGCGUGAGUUCGUCCCGGCUUACGACCCCGAAGCGCGAAAACGACUCGCUGGUCCAGGAUGAGUCUCUCGAUGGCGAGGACAACAGCAACUGACGACUGACGAGCACGUCUUCCAAAUAUCUUUCCAACUACUAUUAGAAAGAAAGAGAGACCGGAAACGGGGAAAACGGCAGAACCAUUAAAGCAUGAGUUUAUCAGCAACCAGCAGCAGCAGAACCGAGAUUGAGCGAAUGAGAGCGCGUGUCUUUUUUACUUGAAAAUAAAAAUGCAAAAAAAAGCAAAACCCUUAUCGAGAGUAUGUGCGAGAGACGAGCGAUGCUAGACGUGGAAAAGGAAAUUCAUUCUUUGUUGUAUUAAAUAUUCGGUAUAAAUCUUAUUGAGGUUGGUCAGGGAAAUGCGAUGUUUGAUCCCUCAACCGGGGUAGCUCGCCUUCCUGGUCUUCCUUUUUGCAUGUAUUUAGGAGGAAGAAUAACGAAAUAGCAGCGGGGAUGAUCGAGUGCCCGCAGUUGGAGAGAGGAGGUAAUGAAGAAAACGUAUUUAGCGAAUAAGUAACCAGAACAUUUUCCUAAAUCAAAACACGCAAGCAAAUAAUGAUAAAAAUCUACACACAUAAAUCGACCGUUAGAAAACUCCAUAAAAAUUACCAUUUCAUAGACUAGCAUUGUACCCGAAAAUGUAUCCGUGUAACUUACAAGUUAAAAAAAGCAAACAAAUCAAUCAUAUUUGGCGGAAAAUUAUAAAAUAGCAAACAGCAAGAUAAUAACGGCAAGCGAUCAGAGGGACACAUUUUUACAAAAAAGGAAAUCGAAAAUCAGUAUGUUUUAUGCUUUCAAGAAUGGGAAGGAAAAGGAAUCAACAUAACAAUUGAACCGAUGAGCAUUUAAAUACGUUUAUAUAUGUUACGAAAAUUUAUUGUUUUUAAUUAUUAUUAUUA